AUGGAGAACCAGACGAUCGACCCUCAAUGCUGUGAAGACGUGAGGAAGAGCGGCUACCUCCGAAAGCAGAAGUCCAUGCAUCGUCGCUACUUUGUGCUUAGAAUCGCUUCGGAACGCGGCCCGGCUCGGCUCGAGUACUACGAGAACGAGAAGAAAUUCCGAUCCACCAAAGCGCCCGUCCCGAAGAAAGCAGUGGCCCUUGAGACGUGUUUCAACAUCAACAAGAGGGCCGACUCCAAGAACAAGCACAUGAUUUUCCUCUACACCCGCGCAGAGAGCUUCGCGGUGGCGGCUGAGAACGAGGCGGACCAGGACGAGUGGUACCAGGCCAUGGUGGAGCUGCAGUGUAAAUGUAAAAAUCCUACUGACAAUGAGGCAACAGACGACUAUGGUGUUCCCAAUCCUGGACCAGCCUUCAAAGAAGUGUGGCAGGUGAAGGUGUGGCCCAAAGGCUUAGGCCAAGCCAAGAACUUGGUGGGAAUCUACCGCCUCUGCCUCACUGACAAGACUGUCAACUUUGUCAAACUCAACUCUGACGCUGCUGCUGUAGUUCUACAACUGAUGAAUGUUCGUCGAUGUGGUCACUCUGAGAACUUUUUCUUUGUGGAGGUGGGACGGUCUGCUGUGACCGGAGCAGGGGAGUUUUGGAUGCAGGUGGAUGACUCCGUAGUGGCCCAGAACAUGCAUGAGACUCUUUUAGAGGCCAUGAAGGCGCUGAGUGAGGAGUUUCGCCAACGGAGCAAAUCCCAGUCCAGCUCUGGCCCAGGAGGAGGGGCCACGGCCUCUAAUCCCAUCAGUGUCCCCUCCCGUCGCCACCACCCAAACCCCCCUCCCAGCCAAGUGGGCUUCAACCGCCGGUCCCGGACUGAACCUCCUGGAGGGACUAAUGGAGCUGGAGCCGGUGCAGGAAGUGCCAAUGCUUCACCGACUCCGAGGCACAGUUUCCCCAGGUCUCGUACUGCCAGUGAUGGAGGAAAGACUGAUGAUAGUGGAGUAGGGACCAGUCAAGGACCAAGUUCCAGCCCAUCAAUCAAUGGGUCCCGCUCUGCCACCCCAAUCCUCAGGUCAAAAUCCACCCGCUCAGUCCCUACAACAUCUGCUAAAAGUCUGAUGCGCUCAAUUUCCACCCCAGCCUCGUCUGUAACCCCAAACCUAUCGUCUACUUCAAGCCACGGUUCAGACUUUAGCGGAGUUCCAUCUUCAGCCCCUGGUGCUGGGUCUGGUGCAUAUAGUGUUCCCACUCAUCGUGCUUCAGUUUCAGGCUCUCCCAGUGACUAUUGCUCCUCUGAUGAGUAUGCUUCGAGUCCUGGCGAUCACUCGGUGCUGCCCUCUCCGAGCCUCCCUGGAAGCUCAGUGGGAAGUACAGGUAGUCAGUCUUUAGGAGACGAUGGAUCUAAUUAUAUUCUAAUGGGACAGCGAGGUGGUGAUGCUGUCGGCAUCAAUCAAGGAAGUUUAACCAAUAGUCCCAAGCCGACACCAGGUACACCAGGCAGCAGCACUCAGAGCAGGAGAGUUUUACGGAGGUCGUCCAGUCGUGAAAGCGAAUCAGAACGUAGGUUGCUAAGUAAAAGGGCAUCAUUGCCUCCAAUGGCUCUAGAAAGACUAGCACCUCGGCAGCGGAGGGCAGAGGAGCCAACCGAUGAAGAAUCAGCCGAUUACGCCAUAAUGUCGCGGAGUACAAGCCGUGAAUCUUUCACAUCGACUCCUACACAAAGACAGUCUGUUGCGAGUGGAAGUGGAUAUUUGGACGUUGCUAGCGAGUUUAAAACUGAAGUAGGAGGCGGGAAUAUAGAUUUGGGCGUGGACACUGGAUAUAUGUCAAUGUUGCCUGGCGUUACUCAGCCUCCGGCCUCAGGCCCCCAAUCCAUGGCUGUCUCUGUCCCUGAAUUAGACGCUAAACCAGCAGACGACUACAUGGCCAUGACACCAAAUAACAGUGUAUCCCCUCCACAGCAAAUCCGGCCUCCAACUUCUGAUGGCUAUAUGAUAAUGUCGCCCAACAGCAGCUGCUCACCAGACCAGAGAGGGGGGCUGUCAGGUGGUGCUUGGGUGAGCAGUGGCAGUGCAGACAGCAGAGCAGGGAGUGACUAUAUGAACAUGUCCCCGAUCAGUGCGCGGUCUGUCAAUGGCAGUCCACCUCCUCCUGAUCACACAGGUCAUUUGGAAAACAGUUCUCAUCAACCAACUCCUAAGAUGGUGUACUCCUACUACUCACUGCCUCGGUCCUACAAACAUAACCCUUCUGGACAUUUUGAUGACAGUCUGGGACGAGGUAGAAGGGCCAGUGCAAGCAGAGGAAUGGGAGGAGGGCGUUCUGUGGCGGGGCGUCAGGAGAAAGCUGCGGCUAAUAAUUCAGUCAGUGGUCGUCACCUGUCACUGUCCUCAUCCUCCUACUCCUCUAGCUCGGCCAGCAGCGAAAGCCUAGGGGAAAGCGAAGAGAGAAUGCCCCUUGGAGCAAGUAGUAAAGCCACAGCAUCUCCCCUGAAAGAUGCUAAUAAGCCCCCGCAUAAGCAGACUUUAAACUAUCUCCCAAAGCAAAACAGUCACACUAAAAGUCGACCUGUCAGCUUAUUCGUUGAUAUUUCCAAGGCCAACACGCUUCCUCGUGUGCGGGAGAAUCCUUUACCCGCAGAACCCAAGAGUCCCGGGGAGUACGUCAGUAUUGAGUUUAAGGGAGAGAAGAGCAGCCAUGUUCGUGGUGGAGGAGGUCAUGGGAGGGGUCUCAGACAUGACUUAUCCCUGCCCCAUGGCUCCAGUACCCAAAAAACCCAGAACAGACCAGUUUCUUGCCUGGGUAACUUUAUCCCCCUCUCCCAAAGCCCUUCCGCCCCCAUCUCCCCGCCAGCCUCUUCAGAGUAUGUCAACAUGGACUUAGGCCCCUCUCCUUCACCCUCACCUCAUUCACACACCCCUUUAGUUUUCCCUACUUUUCACAGUCCACCCACUCCCCCAGCGCUGGCCCAUUCUCUCAAAACUAGCAAUGCGGGGACUGCCAGUUUGCUAAAAGAGCGAGUAGAAGUUGCAGAGGCAGCCCAACGUCGCAAAAGCAGAGAAAAGGCCCCAUCAGUUACCGAAUCGGAAUCCCCGACAUCCUACAGCGACUACACAGAGAUGGCCUUUAGCCUGAACAGCAACACCGCAGCAACCAGUGUGUCUCCAAAAGCCCCUUCCCCAAACCGAACUGAACCUGCCGUCCCCGUUCUGUCCUGCGGCCUGGAGUUCCCUCUCGUCAAAGGCCCCAACCCAGACCACGGCGCCAAAGUCAUCCGCGCAGAUCCCCAAGGACGACGAAGGCACUGCUCCGAGACGUUUUUGGCCCCGCCGUCCGUCCCCGCUUCUACAGCCACGCCCUCGACCACCACUGCCGCCACGCUGUUCCCGGAGCAUGCCCAGGUAGUCGUGAGGCGCUUGGGUUUUGACGGGAUGCUCUGGGGUGGUGGUGCAGGGACCGAUGCUCCCACCCAACCCGUGACCAUCAACAAUCAGACUUCAUCCACAGAGCAAGGCCUUAACUAUAUAGACUUGGACUUGGCCAGCAAAGAGGGCCCUCAUCUAGCUCUGGACGGACCCUCGGGGAGCCAGGCCGCCUCUCGCCUCUUCUCCCUCCUCACUGGUGGCUCCGGGGUCGGGACGGCGGUUGGGGCCAGCAACAGCUCCAGUCUUAACACGUACGCAAGCAUCGACUUCUACAAAUCUGAAGAGCUGCGAUCACAAACUGGAAGCAAGGAGGGAACUGAGUGCUGA